AUGGCCGCAGCACGAUCGACACUGGCAGCGCCACUUCUCAUCCUCCUCCUGCUAGCUCUGGAUCAUCCGGCUCAAGCGAGAACCUCUCAAGGCAGUUGCAACUCAGUCCUGGGGAGGCUGGGCCCGUGCUUGACGUCCGUGCUUGGUUCCAAGCCGCCAGCUCCAUCGCGAGCGUGCUGUGCAGCUGUUCACGCCGUCGCCCCGCGGCUGGUGUGCCGCUGCUUGCUGGGCGCGGCAAGAAAACUCAAGGGCGUCAACUUUAGCGCGGCCCGAUCCAUUCCGAGCAAGUGCCAUGCCUCAGCCAGCUUCAAGUGUAUAUGA